AAGAAUCCUGAAGCAGCGAACUCUUCACGUACAACUCUCCAGAAUCCAGCCUCAAACAGAGAAUUACCAGCUGAAAUUGGUACGUCUUUUAUCAUUUCCCGACUUUUCUUUGAUGCAAUCUUGCCUAUUAGUACUUGCCGGUUUAGGAUGCAUCUUCUUGCAUGAUAUCUAUAACAAAUCAAAUAGACCUGGAAAACUGUCGGCUAACGGUGUGAUUGUGAUCGAUACGAGGAAUAUGGAGAACACUGCAGGAAGCACAAAGUAUCUGGCUAAUUCAAUCCUGCUGCAAGAUGAGGAAUUACACAAGUAUAUACUAGAAACUAGUGUUUACCCUCGAGAACCAGAGCCACUCAAGGAGCUGAGGGAAGCCACUGCAAAACUUCCCAAUGCUUUCUUUGGGACUGCACCUGAUGCAGGUCAGCUAAUGGCUAUGCUCUUGAAACUUGUGAAUGCAAAGAAGACGAUUGAAGUUGGAGUUUUUACUGGAUACUCUCUCCUCCUUACGGCUCUCACUAUCCCUGACGACGACAAGAUUACGGCCAUAGAUAGAGAUUGUAAAACAUACGAAAUAGGUCUCCCAAUCAUACAAAAAGCCGGAGUUGAGCACAAAAUUGACUACAUUGAAUCGGCGGCACUGCCUGUCCUUGACAAUCUCUUGGGAGAACCAAAGAAUGAGGGUGAAUUCGACUUUGCCUUUGUCGAUGCUGACAAAGAUAAGUAUUGGAAUUAUCAUGAGAGGUUGGUGAAACUGUUGAAGAUUGGUGGGAUUGUGAGCGGGCCUGAUGAUAACACACUGUGGGGAGGGGCAGUGGCUAAGCCUGAAGAGGCUAUUCCCGAGUCCAACAGGCCGUGGAUGCGGGCAACUGUUGAGUUUAACAAGUCAGUUUCGGCUGACCCUCGAGUCGAGAUCGCUCAUGCUUCUAUAGGAGAUGGACUCAUCAUAUGCAGACGCAUAUGCUAA